AUGAGCUGGCGGUGGGUUCGCCAGCACCGGAACGGCGGCUCCUCCGUCCUUCUGCUGUUGCUGCUGCUUUGGCACUGCCGAGUCCGGCCGGCCGGCGCCGACAACGCCAGCCAGGCGUACUACACCGCGCUCAUCAACGUGACGGUGCUGAGCCCCGAGCGAGGCGGCCCCACGCUGCUGAGGAUCGACCGCGGCCGCUACGGGCAGGAUUCCCCCAAGGUGGAGGUUAAGGGCCUGCUGGUGGCUCCCGUCCCCAUCAACGGAGUUGCAGACCGCCUGGGCUGUGACCCUCGGACGCGUUUCCAAGUGCCACCCAACACCAAGCAGUGGAUCGCUUUGCUCCAGCGAGGAAACUGUACCUUCAGAGAGAAAAUACUGCGAGCAGCUUCACAUAAUGCCACAGCCGUGGUCAUUUACAACAAUAUAUCCAGCGAGGAACCUGUCACAAUGACUCAUCAAGGAACUGGAGACAUUGUUGCUGUCAUGAUUACGGAAUCAAAGGUUAAGGAGAUCCUGAAUUACUUGGAAAAGAAUAUCUCUGUCCUGAUGGCAAUAGCAGUGGGGUCUCGUGUUCCACCAAAGAACUUCAGCCGGGGCUCUCUCGUCUUCGUGUCAAUAUCUUUCAUUGUUUUGAUGAUCAUUUCCUCAGCAUGGUUAAUAUUUUACUUCAUCCAGAAGAUCAGGUACACAAGUGCACGUGACAGGAAUCAGCGUCGUCUUGGAGAUGCUGCCAAGAAAGCCAUUGGUAAAUUGACAACCAGGACAGUAAAGAAGGGUGAUAAGGAAACAGACCCAGACUUUGAUCAUUGUGCUGUCUGCAUUGAGAGUUACAAGCAGAACGAUGUCGUUCGCAUUUUACCGUGCAAGCAUGUUUUCCACAAAGCCUGUGUGGAUCCAUGGCUUAGUGAGCACUGUACGUGUCCAAUGUGCAAGCUGAACAUUUUGAAGGCACUGGGAAUUGUGCCAAACGUGCCCUGUACAGAUAACGUAGCCUUUGACAUGGAAAGGCUGACCAGGGGCCAGCCAGCCAGCAGGCGCUCAGCACUCGGCGACUUCGCCACCGACAGCUCCCUCAGCCUGGAGCCCCUGCGCACCUCCGGCAUGUCACAGCUGCCCCAGGACGGAGAGCUGACGCCAAGGUCAGGGGAGAUCAACAUUGCUGUCACAAAAGAAUGGUUUAUUAUUGCCAGUUUUGGCCUCCUCAGUGCCCUUACACUCUGCUACAUGAUCAUCAAAGCCACAGCUAGCUUGAAUGCUAACGAAGCAGAAUGGUAUUGAAGAAAUGCUUCCUGGCUGAUUUGCCUUGGAGAGAGACACCUAUUUUUAUGCAUCACUUAUCGAUCAUGCAGCACACAAGCAAUUAUUUAGUACAUUCUAUUUUUUCAUAAAAUUUGCUGAUGCCAAAGCUUUGUAUUAAGGAAAAA